CAACAGCACCAUCUCUGGCAGGUGUUGUGCGCUUUAAAACCACACAGUAGGGUAAUUUUUUAGGACAAUAGGCAGGUAGUUGUAGAGAAUAAAGCUCUCUUUAGGUUAUUUUUUGUUCCUUUUUUUGUUUUACGCGUUUAUGUUUGUGCCAUUCAAGCCGCCGCGGACCCCAGCGGAGCGGCGGUGAAUGAGAGGAACGUCGGGGUUCCCCUCUCUCUGAGCCAGACACUUUGUGUUUUACAACCAGCGGUGAAUAAGACAACAGCUCCUUCAUCAUGCAGCUUCAGAAAAAAGACGGAAAAGCCCCUACAUGUUGAAUAUGUCUCACCACCGGCCGAGUCCUGAAUGAGAGAGGAGUCCUUCACGACCGCGGCUGCCGUCAGGAUCCCCCCCAUUCCCGGAGCUGCCUCUGUUCUCCUUCGCCCGCCGGUGUUGGCACCAGAAAAUGAUAUGUUGAUGAUAUUUUCUGGAAGCGGUCGUGCCUUUUGUUUUCAUUUCGGGGUUUGCGACAUGCGGAUCCGCGGGGACGCCACGGAGCCCGGACGAGCGGACGUUUUUGCUCUGCUUUGAAAAAUGAGGAAGCGAUUUCAUAAAGACCCAGAAAAUGGCAAGAAGGUCUCGUCGUCCGUGGGCCCGGAUUUGAGCAAAAUGAGAAAGAAAGGGGCGAACGCAACAGCGACGGCAUGAAUAGUUUCUCACGGAAUGACACCGAGGGAUGUAAAACGGCGGAGGUAGACGAGACGCGGCAUCGAUGAAGGCGAUCUGGACAAGUUUUGAGUCGCUCAUAAUGAACAGAAACACUUCACAGCUUCGUGUCAGAUCGUUUUCACCAUACUGAAAGCUAUUUCCUUUCGCCUUUUUGGGAAAUUUUUCCAAUUCAUUAGUCAUCUCUCUCUCUCUCUUUUUUUUUUUUACAUUGCAUGUUUUAUUUAUUUUUUUUCUUUUAUAUUUUUGAUCCGGAACCAGCCCUGACUGUUCAAUGGAAGUAUGUUAUCAGUUGCCGGUUUUGCCUCUAGACAGGCCGGUUCCCAAGCAUGUCCUCAGCCGGAGGGGAGCCAUUAGUUUCAGCUCCAGCUCUUCCCUUUUCGGGGCUCCAGAUCCAAGACAGCUGUCACAGAGACGAGGGGCCAUCUCCUAUGACAGCUCUGAUCAGACAGCGCUGUACAUUCGUAUGCUAGGAGCUUGUGUAGUGUUCAAACAGCUGUUUGCAAGAGAUGUGAGAGUACGAAGUCAGGUUGGAUUUGAACCGGAACGCCGAAGCUCCCACCCGUACCUUUGCAUAGACUUCCGAACUCUUCACACGCGGCUGAGCUGCGGAUCCUCGCCGGCUGACUCUGGUACUGAAAAGAGGGUCCACAGGCUACUCAGCUUCCAGAGAUACCUGCACUCGUCCCGCCUGCUGCGGGGAAUCCCCCAGCAGAUCCCCCUCCACAUCCUCGACGAAGACUACAGCGGACAGGCUAGAUGCAUGUUGGAAAAAGUUGGCAGCUGGAAUUUUGACAUUUUCCUCUUUGACAAGCUGACAAAUGGAAACAGCCUGAUCACCCUGACCCUCCACCUGCUCAACCAGUACGGCCUGGUGGACCUCUUUCAACUGGACAUGGUCAAGCUUUGGAGGUUUCUGGUCCUGGUGCAGGAAGACUACCACAAUGACAACCCAUAUCACAACUCCGUUCAUGCUGCAGAUGUGACACAAGCCAUGUACUGCUACCUGCAGGAGCCCAUGCUGUCGAAGUCUCUAACAUCGUACGACAUCCUGCUGGGACUUCUUGCGGCUGCCACACAUGAUCUGGACCAUCCUGGGGUCAACCAGCCCUUUCUCAUUAAGACUGACCACUAUUUAGCCACACUCUAUAGAAAUACCUCAGUUCUGGAAAACCACCACUGGAAGUCGGCAGUGGGUCUCCUCAGAGAGACCGGACUGUUCUCUCACCUGCCGCCUGAGGACAGCAUGAACAUGGAGAGGGAACUUGGCUCUUUAAUCCUGGCUACAGACAUCAGCAGACAGAAUGACUACCUGUCCAGGUUUCGCACCCACCUGGACCAGGAGAGUCUGUGCUUGAGCAACGCCAGCCAUCGUCACUUCGUCCUGCAGAUGGCUCUGAAGUGUGCAGACAUCUGUAACCCCUGCAGACCCUGGGAGCUGAGCAAACAGUGGAGCGAGAAAGUGACGGAGGAGUUCUUUGAACAGGGAGACAUCGAGAAGAAACACAAACUUCAAGUCAGCCCGCUCUGUGACAGAGAGACGAACACCGUCGGCAACAUCCAGAUAGGCUUCAUGACGUACGUGGCAGAGCCGCUGUUCGGAGAGUGGGCCCGGUUCUCGGACACGCGCCUGUCUCAGACCAUGUUGGGUCACAUGGGGCUGAACAAGGCCAGCUGGGGCGGCCUGCAACCGGAGCAAACCGCCAUCUCCGAGGAGACGGAGACGAGCGCAGGAGGAAGCCGCUCCAAAGAAAUACCUCAGGGAAGCAGAGAAUCCUGACACUCCUUGUUCGCCCUUUCACUUUGACCUCCUGACCCCUGGCCCCAGGGCCUCAUCCACACACUGAGGGCAAGUGGAGCUCCCACCGCUGGCCCAGCCUAAUUUGAACACCUUGUUGAUAUGUUGUUGCUUUGGCCUCCCAUCACAAUAAACCACUGAUUUUUCUUUUUAUUUAUUUAAUAAAUUUUUUUUGGCAUAGAGCAAUACAUAGAUACCUCAUUUGGCAACUGCUGUAUUUUCUCUUAUUUGCUUUGUUUUAUUUAUUUGGGGACUGUAUUUGAGGCAUUAACGACUAAAUAUGCCACUUUUUUUGUUGUCGUGGAACGUUAAGGUGAAAGCAGUAUAAACUGAAAACUUAAUUUCUUUUUUUUUUUUUUGUUGGUAUUUUUGAAGUGCCAUUUGAAAACAAAAAUUUAAAAAAUAAAUAAAAAUUUUGACGGACAACUGGAGUAUUCGGAGACCCUCCUGAGACUUUUUCAGUUUGCCGUGUUGCAUUUGUACUGAAGAUUCUUCCUCAUGUCCAAAAAAAGAGAGAAAAAAAAAGAAAUGUGACAAGCCCAGUCCUUCUGCUGCCUCUGAGACUGUUUACGCAUCUCCAUGUUUGUUGUACUUUUUUCUUUUUUUCCCUUUUGAACUGAAGCGACUCCCGUCGGCUCCACAGUUUGCCUUCGAAGCACAGGCAUACGAAAAGAAGCGAACCACUCGAUUAAACUGUCGUCCCACUGUUGAAGCCAUGAGCUGAACUUUAUUCAAAACAAACCAGAUGCCAUAUUAACUCCACCUGUGCUGGCGUGUGUUCCCGCACGUCGUCUCCCUGACCCUCUCCUGGUGAAGCGAGGCGCCGACCGUGUUUCUGCAUCGCUCCAGUCCCACCGCCGACCGGAGAGGGGUCGGACUCUCCCAGAUCUCACCUGGAUCGUCACUCCAUGCAACUCCACUCGCUCAGGGUUUUUACCAGUCUUUUAUUUUAUCCAGCGAAUGAGGGGGGGAGACGGCGGUGGCUACAGAUGAUGCAGGGUUGUUUCUUUUUUGUUUUUUCUUUCCCCUAUUGGUUCGGAUAAACCGAAGGAGACUCCCUCGGCGCAGAAUGUCUCUCACGGCCACAUGAAACCUGACGGACUGCUCGACUGAUGCCUUAUUACUAUGCACAAACUAUGCUAAGUGACCAAACCAACUCCUGUUCCCAUCAAGUGCAUGGUGUGCUUGUUUCUGAAUGCACUGUCCGACCCCCUUCGCCUUUUUUUUCCCUUUUUCCUGUUGUGAGGAACAACUCCAGCUUUUUCUCUCCCUUCCUUUUUGUACGGAUACAGAACCAGUCAAGUGCAUCAAAAACAUUCCAUUCCUUUUUUUUGUUUGUUUGGGUUUGUCCGUUUUGAUUCUGUACAGUGGCACAGGUUGUGUUUGUGUUGAAACGUUUGGAGCGAUAACAGGUGCUUUUCUUACUUUAGCUGAUUUGUAUUUUGCUGUAAAGUGCUGUAAGACUGUUGAUACAACUGUUUACAAUUUGUUGCGACAGCCAUUUUUGGGAAGACUUCAGUGUCGAGCCAGAUUUUUGUAAAGGCUUUGCUGUAUUGACCUUUUUGAUACAUGCCUGUUGCAGUUACGAUUUGAAUAAUAAAUCCUGUUGAUGAAUUUUC